AUGAGCAUAAACCAUGCUGACGUGGAGACGAAAGAGCUAGGCGAAGAGAAGCGAACGAGGAAGGAGUCAGGGAGUAAAGGGCCGGAAAAAGGGGAUCAAGAAGCAGAGAAAGGUGAGAAGGGAAGAAGGGAGAAAGGCGAUAAAGGGGAGGCGGUGAAAGGCGAUAAGGGGGAGACGAUGAAAGGCGAUAAAGGGGAGACGAUGAAAGGUGAUAAGGGGGAGACGUUGAAAGGCGAUAAAGUGGAGGCGGUGAAAGGCGAUAAAGGGGAGACAAUGAAAGGUGAUAAAGGGGAGACGAUGAAAGGCGAUAUGGGGGAGAGAGAGGACAAGGAUGAAAAGGGAACAAAUUCGAAGGACGGGGGGAGAGGCGAAGAAGGGAAAGAGGGAGGGAAGGAAGGGAUCGAAGGGAAGGUGAUUGAUAUGGUGGGACUGGGAAAGGCAACGAGCGAAGGCGCUAGGAAGGAGAAGGAGACAGGCGAAAAGAAGGGGAAAGGAGGGGAGGAUGAGGGAAAGGAGCGACGGGAUACGAAGGAAGGGAAGGAGGAGAAGAAGAUGGAGGAGCGAGGGAAAGGAGGGGAGAAGGAGGAGGAAAAGGAUACGAAGGAAAAUGGGAAGCAGCAAGAGGAGGAUAGAAGGAAAGGGAAGGAGGAGAAGGAGAAAGGGGAGAAGAUGGAGGAGGGGGAGGAGAAGGGGGGAAAGGACGGGAAGGAGGAGAAAGAGAAGAAGGAGAAGAGGGAGGAGGGGAAGGGAACGGGAGGGAAGGAGGAUCUGCCGAAGGAAGGAAGGGAGACGAAGGCUAUGAGCGAGGAGGGGGAUGAGAAGAGAAAAGGGCACGAGGAAGAGCGGGGAGAGAAGAAAGAGAAGGGAGAGAAGAAGGAGGAGAGGGAAAAGGAGGAAAUGAAUCGUGGUGAGGUGAAGGGGGAGGGGAAACAGAAAGUGGGAAAUGAAGAGGAGAGGAAAAAGGAGAACGAAGGGAACGAGGAGAAUGUGAGAAAAGAGGAGGAGGAGGGAGAGAUUGCUCCUGAUGAGCACAACAAGGGGAAGGAGAAAGGAAGAGGCGUUGAAGUGGGGGAGGAAGGAGACAUUGGGGAGGAAGAGAAGAAUAAGGGUAAGGAGAAGGGGAAGGAUAAGAGGGAGGAGAAGAGGGAGGAGAAGAGGGAGGGGGAUGAACAAAAGAAGGAGAGGAGGAAAGAGAAGGAUGGGGAGAGGAAGGAGAAGAAGGAUGAAAAGAGGAAGGAAGGAAAGGACAAGGAUGAGAAGAAGGAAGGGAAGGUGAAGGAUGAGAAGAAAGAAGAGAAGGGGAAGGACGAGAAAGGAGAGGUGAUUCGAGGCGAAGAGAGGACAGAGAAGAGGGAGAAGAGAGAAGGAGAUGAAGAGGAGAGGAAGAAAGAGAGGAGAAAGAGGGAUGAAAAGGACGAGGAGAGGCGGAAAGAGAGGAAGAGAGAGAGGAGGGAGGAAAAGAGAGCGGAGGAGAAAGGAGAGGGGAAGAGGAAGGAGAGGAAGACUGAGGAGGGACAGGAUGUGAAGUCGAAAGAGAGGAAAGAAAAGAAGGAGAAGAGGGAGAAGGAAGAGAAGAGAGAGAAGGAAGAGAAGAGAGAGAAGAGGAGCGAGCAGCUUUUAUUGAGCCCUGGACAUUCAGGAAAAGGAUCGGAUCCUGAGGAGGAGAAGAGGCGUGGGGAAGGAGUAAGGAGCCCUGUUGUGGGAUUGAAGAAGGCAGAAAAGGCGGCCGAAAGUGCAAUUGUGAGAGGGAGUCUUGAUAUGUCUGUGAAUAUGGAUGGUUGCUCUAAAGGAAGCCCGGGUCCGUCUGUAGCGAGUAUGGCCAGUCCUGGGGUGAAUAGUGUGGAGGAGGGAGAGAGGAGGAGGAGUCUGGAGGGGCGGGGGGAGAAGAGUGAGGAAGGGAAGGAGGCGAGGAGGAAGAGGGAGGAAAAGGAUAAGGAGGAGAAGGAGAGGAGGAGAGAGGGUAGGAAGGAGGGGAAGAGGGAGAAGGAUGAGGCCAGGAGGAGGGAGGAGAGGAAGGAGAGGAAGAGGAAAGAGAAGAGGGAUAGGAGGGAGGCGAGGAAAGGGGAAGGGAGGGAGGAGAACAAAGGGAAAGGGAAGGGGGGUGAUGAUGAGAAAGGAAUUAGGGAAGGGGGAAGAGAAGAGGCGAGAGAUGAAAAGAACGUGGGGGAGAAGGAGGGGUUGAAGGAUAGUGACCAACGUAAGGAGGCGGAUGGGCAAGUGAAGGAGGAGAGUAGGGAGGGGGUGAGAGGAGAGGAGCAAGGAGCGACGGUGGAGAGUAGGGGGGAGAAAGCAGAGGGGAAAGGAGGGACGGGGAAGGGCAAGGAGGAGAAAGAAGAGUCGAAGGAGAAAGCAGAGGGAAGGAUGGGGGAAAGCAAGGAGGCGAAAGAAGAGGCGAAGGCAGUGGGGGAAGGAAGCGAGAAGGCAGAUGAAGCAGAAGAGAAGGCAAAGGGGAAAGCAGCGGAAGCAGCAGUGGCGAAUGCAGAGGAGGACGCUAAGGGAAACGCAGAGAAGGAAAAAGGAAAGGAGGAGAAACCAGAGAAGGAGAAAGGAAAGGAGGAGAAACCAGAGAAGGAGAAAGGAAAGGAGGAGAAACCAGAGAAGGAGAAAGCAGAGAAGGAGCAAGGAAAGGAGGGGAAAGCAGAGAAGAAAGGAAAGGAAGAGAAAGCAGAGAAAGGGAAAGGAAAAGAGGAGAAAUCAAAGAAGGAAGCGCCAGAAGCAGUGGCUCGGCUGAACGAGAUGAAAGGUUGCUGUGGGGAGCGUGGGAAGGAAGGGAAGGGGAUGCGUGAACAGGAAGGCGAGGUGACUCGUGAGUCGACUCGAGAGGAAAAAGGGGAGCUUGGGCAGGAAGGCAAGGUGUGGUCAAAGGAAGCAGCAGCAGAGAAAGCAAGGGAUGGGGAUGGUGGGAAAAGAGAUCAUGGUGAAUCGAAAGAAGGAGAGGCGUGGGCGAAGGGCACUGCAGUGCAAGCAAAGGAUGGGGAUGGACAGAAGCAAGAGUUGGCCAAAGAUAAGGAAGGAAUGGUAUGUGCCAAAGAGGAGGUAGCGAUGCUGAAAUCAGCGGUUGGGGAUAGGCACAAUCAGGACAAACAGGAGCGCGCUGAACCAAAGGAGGAGAGCAAGGCGCAUCGGAAGGGGAUGGUCGAUGUGACAGCGGCAGGGGAAAGAGGACAGGUUAAGGAAAAGGAGAAGGGAGAGGGUGGAGAUGAGGUGAGGAGAGAGACAGGGAGAAACGAAGGGGAGCCGGGAGAGAGAGAAGAGGAGAAGAAGGAAGAGUCAGGAAAUUCCUUAUCAAAUGCAGUAUCCGCUACAGCUGCUACAGCCGCCACUGCUGCCACAGCUGCUACUACUGCUCCAGCUGCUGUUCCUGCUUCUGCCCCUGCCUCUGCUGCUGCACCUGCUGCUCUCUCUGCUGCUGCUCCUGCUGCUGCCCCUUCUCCUGUCUCUGCCUCUGCUGCCCCUUCUCCUGUCUCUGCUUCUGCCCCUGCAACUGUCCCUGCUUCUGCCCCUGCUACUGCUCCUGCUACAGCCGCCAGUGAGUCUGCCACAUCUCUCCCCUCUCUCAAGCCAGCCGCCACCGCUCCUGCCACAGCUGCCAAACCUUCUCUUGCUUCAGCAGUCAGCCCUCCUGCUAAAGAUGCCAGUGCUCCUGUCACAUCUCCCAAGCUUUUUGAAACAGUUGCUAUCUCUCCUGCUACAGCUGCCACUCUGCCUGCUACAGCUGCCAAACCUUCUGAAGGAGUUCCUAUCCCUCCCGCUACAGCCGCCAUCCCCCCUGCCACAUCUGUCCCGCCUCCCAGUUCAGCUGCCACCACUCCUGCUACAGCCGCCACUGCUACAGCCACCAUCUCCCCUGCUACAACCGCCACCUCUCCUGCUACAGCCGCCAUCCCCCCUGUUACAGCCGCCAUCACUCCUGCUACAACCACCAUUCUCCCUGCUACAGCCGCCACCCCUCCCGCUCCAGCGGCAGCAGCAAUACCACAAGGGAAGUCUCCCUGUCCCUCAUCUCUUCCCUGUCCCUCAUCUCUUCCCUGUCCCUCAUCUCUUCCCUGUCCCUCAUCUCUUCCCUGUCCGUCAUCUCUUCCCUGUCCCUCAUCUCUUCCCUGUCCCUCAUCUCUUCCCUGUCCCUCCUCCGCCCACCCUCCCACUUCCCACCCUUCCAUUUCCCACCUUCCCAAACCCGAAUUUCCUCCCUCCCGGUUUGCCUUUCGGCUUGACUCGAGAAAUUCCCCGCCUGCCGAACCUUCCCGGAAGGAGCUGGCGCUAAUUGACAUGCCACCCCCGGUGCUGCCGACACGCCUGGACUCCUCGAGUCAGGAACCUUCCCAGCAAGAGCUGGCACUACAUGAUAUGGCUCCCCCUGUGCUGCUGCUGCCGCCGCGCGUGCGUGUGUCGAUCACUCUCACUCCGGAGGAGUGUCUCUUGAUUGCUUUCCUUGCUUCCCCCUGUGCUGCUGCUGCCGCCGCGCGUGCGUGUGUCGAUCACUCUCACUCCGGAGGAGGUGGAGGAGGAUUUCAGAGCAAUCACGGGGCAACCACCACCCCAACUCCCUAUGAAGAAGCGAAGUGUCUCUUGAUUGCUUUCCUUGCUUCCCCCUGUGCUGCUGCUGCCGCCGCGCGUGCGUGUGUCGAUCACUCUCACUCCGGAGGAGGUGGAGGAGGAUUUCAGAGCAAUCACGGGGCAACCACCACCCCAACUCCCUAUGAAGAAGCGAAGUGUCUCUUGAUUGCUUUCCUUGCUUCCCCCUGUGCUGCUGCUGCCGCCGCGCGUGCGUGUGUCGAUCACUCUCACUCCGGAGGAGGUGGAGGAGGAUUUCAGAGCAAUCACGGGGCAACCACCACCCCAACUCCCUAUGAAGAAGCGAAGUGUCUCUUGAUUGCUUUCCUUGCUUCCCCCUGUGCUGCUGCUGCCGCCGCGCGUGCGUGUGUCGAUCACUCUCACUCCGGAGGAGGUGGAGGAGGAUUUCAGAGCAAUCACGGGGCAACCACCACCCCAACUCCCUAUGAAGAAGCGAAGUGUCUCUUGAUUGCUUUCCUUGCUUCCCCCUGUGCUGCUGCUGCCGCCGCGCGUGCGUGUGUCGAUCACUCUCACUCCGGAGGAGGUGGAGGAGGAUUUCAGAGCAAUCACGGGGCAACCACCACCCCAACUCCCUAUGAAGAAGCGAAGUGUCUCUUGAUUGCUUUCCUUGCUUCCCCCUGUGCUGCUGCUGCCGCCGCGCGUGCGUGUGUCGAUCACUCUCACUCCGGAGGAGGUGGAGGAGGAUUUCAGAGCAAUCACGGGGCAACCACCACCCCAACUCCCUAUGAAGAAGCGAAGUGUCUCUUGAUUGCUUUCCUUGCUUCCCCCUGUGCUGCUGCUGCCGCCGCGCGUGCGUGUGUCGAUCACUCUCACUCCGGAGGAGGUGGAGGAGGAUUUCAGAGCAAUCACGGGGCAACCACCACCCCAACUCCCUAUGAAGAAGCGAAGUGUCUCUUGAUUGCUUUCCUUGCUUCCCCCUGUGCUGCUGCUGCCGCCGCGCGUGCGUGUGUCGAUCACUCUCACUCCGGAGGAGGUGGAGGAGGAUUUCAGAGCAAUCACGGGGCAACCACCACCCCAACUCCCUAUGAAGAAGCGAAGUGUCUCUUGAUUGCUUUCCUUGCUUCCCCCUGUGCUGCUGCUGCCGCCGCGCGUGCGUGUGUCGAUCACUCUCACUCCGGAGGAGGUGGAGGAGGAUUUCAGAGCAAUCACGGGGCAACCACCACCCCAACUCCCUAUGAAGAAGCGAAGUGUCUCUUGAUUGCUUUCCUUGCUUCCCCCUGUGCUGCUGCUGCCGCCGCGCGUGCGUGUGUCGAUCACUCUCACUCCGGAGGAGGUGGAGGAGGAUUUCAGAGCAAUCACGGGGCAACCACCACCCCAACUCCCUAUGAAGAAGCGAAGUGUCUCUUGAUUGCUUUCCUUGCUUCCCCCUGUGCUGCUGCUGCCGCCGCGCGUGCGUGUGUCGAUCACUCUCACUCCGGAGGAGGUGGAGGAGGAUUUCAGAGCAAUCACGGGGCAACCACCACCCCAACUCCCUAUGAAGAAGCGAAGUGUCUCUUGAUUGCUUUCCUUGCUUCCCCCUGUGCUGCUGCUGCCGCCGCGCGUGCGUGUGUCGAUCACUCUCACUCCGGAGGAGGUGGAGGAGGAUUUCAGAGCAAUCACGGGGCAACCACCACCCCAACUCCCUAUGAAGAAGCGAAGUGUCUCUUGAUUGCUUUCCUUGCUUCCCCCUGUGCUGCUGCUGCCGCCGCGCGUGCGUGUGUCGAUCACUCUCACUCCGGAGGAGGUGGAGGAGGAUUUCAGAGCAAUCACGGGGCAACCACCACCCCAACUCCCUAUGAAGAAGCGAAGUGUCUCUUGAUUGCUUUCCUUGCUUCCCCCUGUGCUGCUGCUGCCGCCGCGCGUGCGUGUGUCGAUCACUCUCACUCCGGAGGAGGUGGAGGAGGAUUUCAGAGCAAUCACGGGGCAACCACCACCCCAACUCCCUAUGAAGAAGCGAAGUGUCUCUUGAUUGCUUUCCUUGCUUCCCCCUGUGCUGCUGCUGCCGCCGCGCGUGCGUGUGUCGAUCACUCUCACUCCGGAGGAGGUGGAGGAGGAUUUCAGAGCAAUCACGGGGCAACCACCACCCCAACUCCCUAUGAAGAAGCGAAGUGUCUCUUGAUUGCUUUCCUUGCUUCCCCCUGUGCUGCUGCUGCCGCCGCGCGUGCGUGUGUCGAUCACUCUCACUCCGGAGGAGGUGGAGGAGGAUUUCAGAGCAAUCACGGGGCAACCACCACCCCAACUCCCUAUGAAGAAGCGAAGUGUCUCUUGAUUGCUUUCCUUGCUUCCCCCUGUGCUGCUGCUGCCGCCGCGCGUGCGUGUGUCGAUCACUCUCACUCCGGAGGAGGUGGAGGAGGAUUUCAGAGCAAUCACGGGGCAACCACCACCCCAACUCCCUAUGAAGAAGCGAAGUGUCUCUUGAUUGCUUUCCUUGCUUCCCCCUGUGCUGCUGCUGCCGCCGCGCGUGCGUGUGUCGAUCACUCUCACUCCGGAGGAGGUGGAGGAGGAUUUCAGAGCAAUCACGGGGCAACCACCACCCCAACUCCCUAUGAAGAAGCGAAGUGUCUCUUGAUUGCUUUCCUUGCUUCCCCCUGUGCUGCUGCUGCCGCCGCGCGUGCGUGUGUCGAUCACUCUCACUCCGGAGGAGGUGGAGGAGGAUUUCAGAGCAAUCACGGGGCAACCACCACCCCAACUCCCUAUGAAGAAGCGAAGUGUCUCUUGAUUGCUUUCCUUGCUUCCCCCUGUGCUGCUGCUGCCGCCGCGCGUGCGUGUGUCGAUCACUCUCACUCCGGAGGAGGUGGAGGAGGAUUUCAGAGCAAUCACGGGGCAACCACCACCCCAACUCCCUAUGAAGAAGCGAAGUGUCUCUUGAUUGCUUUCCUUGCUUCCCCCUGUGCUGCUGCUGCCGCCGCGCGUGCGUGUGUCGAUCACUCUCACUCCGGAGGAGGUGGAGGAGGAUUUCAGAGCAAUCACGGGGCAACCACCACCCCAACUCCCUAUGAAGAAGCGAAGUGUCUCUUGAUUGCUUUCCUUGCUUCCCCCUGUGCUGCUGCUGCCGCCGCGCGUGCGUGUGUCGAUCACUCUCACUCCGGAGGAGGUGGAGGAGGAUUUCAGAGCAAUCACGGGGCAACCACCACCCCAACUCCCUAUGAAGAAGCGAAGUGUCUCUUGAUUGCUUUCCUUGCUUCCCCCUGUGCUGCUGCUGCCGCCGCGCGUGCGUGUGUCGAUCACUCUCACUCCGGAGGAGGUGGAGGAGGAUUUCAGAGCAAUCACGGGGCAACCACCACCCCAACUCCCUAUGAAGAAGCGAAGUGUCUCUUGAUUGCUUUCCUUGCUUCCCCCUGUGCUGCUGCUGCCGCCGCGCGUGCGUGUGUCGAUCACUCUCACUCCGGAGGAGGUGGAGGAGGAUUUCAGAGCAAUCACGGGGCAACCACCACCCCAACUCCCUAUGAAGAAGCGAAGUGUCUCUUGAUUGCUUUCCUUGCUUCCCCCUGUGCUGCUGCUGCCGCCGCGCGUGCGUGUGUCGAUCACUCUCACUCCGGAGGAGGUGGAGGAGGAUUUCAGAGCAAUCACGGGGCAACCACCACCCCAACUCCCUAUGAAGAAGCGAAGUGUCUCUUGAUUGCUUUCCUUGCUUCCCCCUGUGCUGCUGCUGCCGCCGCGCGUGCGUGUGUCGAUCACUCUCACUCCGGAGGAGGUGGAGGAGGAUUUCAGAGCAAUCACGGGGCAACCACCACCCCAACUCCCUAUGAAGAAGCGAAGUGUCUCUUGAUUGCUUUCCUUGCUUCCCCCUGUGCUGCUGCUGCCGCCGCGCGUGCGUGUGUCGAUCACUCUCACUCCGGAGGAGGUGGAGGAGGAUUUCAGAGCAAUCACGGGGCAACCACCACCCCAACUCCCUAUGAAGAAGCGAAGUGUCUCUUGAUUGCUUUCCUUGCUUCCCCCUGUGCUGCUGCUGCCGCCGCGCGUGCGUGUGUCGAUCACUCUCACUCCGGAGGAGGUGGAGGAGGAUUUCAGAGCAAUCACGGGGCAACCACCACCCCAACUCCCUAUGAAGAAGCGAAGUGUCUCUUGAUUGCUUUCCUUGCUUCCCCCUGUGCUGCUGCUGCCGCCGCGCGUGCGUGUGUCGAUCACUCUCACUCCGGAGGAGGUGGAGGAGGAUUUCAGAGCAAUCACGGGGCAACCACCACCCCAACUCCCUAUGAAGAAGCGAAGUGUCUCUUGAUUGCUUUCCUUGCUUCCCCCUGUGCUGCUGCUGCCGCCGCGCGUGCGUGUGUCGAUCACUCUCACUCCGGAGGAGGUGGAGGAGGAUUUCAGAGCAAUCACGGGGCAACCACCACCCCAACUCCCUAUGAAGAAGCGAAGUGUCUCUUGAUUGCUUUCCUUGCUUCCCCCUGUGCUGCUGCUGCCGCCGCGCGUGCGUGUGUCGAUCACUCUCACUCCGGAGGAGGUGGAGGAGGAUUUCAGAGCAAUCACGGGGCAACCACCACCCCAACUCCCUAUGAAGAAGCGAAGUGUCUCUUGAUUGCUUUCCUUGCUUCCCCCUGUGCUGCUGCUGCCGCCGCGCGUGCGUGUGUCGAUCACUCUCACUCCGGAGGAGGUGGAGGAGGAUUUCAGAGCAAUCACGGGGCAACCACCACCCCAACUCCCUAUGAAGAAGCGAAGUGUCUCUUGAUUGCUUUCCUUGCUUCCCCCUGUGCUGCUGCUGCCGCCGCGCGUGCGUGUGUCGAUCACUCUCACUCCGGAGGAGGUGGAGGAGGAUUUCAGAGCAAUCACGGGGCAACCACCACCCCAACUCCCUAUGAAGAAGCGAAGUGUCUCUUGAUUGCUUUCCUUGCUUCCCCCUGUGCUGCUGCUGCCGCCGCGCGUGCGUGUGUCGAUCACUCUCACUCCGGAGGAGGUGGAGGAGGAUUUCAGAGCAAUCACGGGGCAACCACCACCCCAACUCCCUAUGAAGAAGCGAAGGAAACUGGAGGCGGCAAACGGAAAAUGCAAGAGAAAGAGAUGGAGAAAGAGAAGGAGGGGUAUGGUAAGGGUGAAAUGGCUGCUGCUGCUGCUGCUGCUGCUGCUGCUGCGGCUGCUGGUGGUGGUGGUAAUGCUGUUUUUGGUGAUGCUGCUUCUGCUGCUGCUCAUGCUGCUAAUGGUGCGUUGGGUUUGCAAGUUGACAGUUUAGGGCUGAGACUUGAGGAGAGGAAUGGUGGAAGAGAAGGAGAGGAGGUGGGAGAGGGGGAGAGGGAGAGGGCGAGUGCAGGAGGCGUGGGGAAGAAGGAGAAGGGGGUGGAAGUAGAGGGGGGUGGGAAAAGGGACAAGGAGGGGAAGAAGAAAAAGAAGAAGAGGCAUGAGAAGGAUCGAGAGGGGAGAGGGGUGGAGAAAGGCGAGGAGAGAAGGGAGGGUAAGGGAGAGGGUAAGGUUGAAGGGAGGAAGGAAGAGAAGGGGGAGAGCAAGAGAGAAGGGAAGCAUGACGGGGAGGAGAGGAGGGAGAAGAAGCUGAAGAAGCAUGGGAGAGUGGAGGGAGGGGAGGAGAGGAGGGAAGGUAGAUCGGCAGAGGAGGAAGAAGGCAGGUUGAGAAUUUCUGCAGGAGCAGCAGGAGCAGAAACAGGAGGAGAAGGAGGGGCAGCAGGCAGAGGUGCUGGUUUGGUGAGAGAGGAUCAGGAGGAACAGGAGAUGGAAAAGAGAAGAGAGGAAGAGAGAGGGGAGAAGGAGAGAACAGAGAGGGAGAGAGAGGAGAAGGGUAAACAUAAGACGAAAGAGAGGGAGAGGGAGAGGGACAGGGAGAGGGAAAAAGAGAGGGAGAGGGACAAGGAGAAGGAGAGAGAGAAGGAGAAAGAAAGGCGACUUGUGGAUGUGGAUAGGCCAAUGCUUGCAGCUAUGGGGACCGAGAAGCAAGCAGAGGGGCAGAGGGAGAAGGAGGAGAGGGACGAGGAGGAGGAGGAGAAUGGGGAGGAGGAAGAGAGAGAUGGGGAGAAGAGGAGAGGAGGAGUUGGGAUUUGGCAAAAUCCGGACAAGAUCCGAUUUGAUUCUCUGGUGAGGAGGGAUAGACGGGAAUCGAUUGCGAAAAGACGGAUGGAGGAACAGAGGAGAGAGGGGGCAGGCGAGCAGGGGAGUGGAGACGCUAGGGGAGGAGAGUGGGAGAGGGACGGUGGAGAGGAGAAGGGCGAGAGAGGGGAGAGGGAGAGGCGAAGGAGAGGGAAGGAGCGAGUGGAGGGAGGUUCGGGAGAAGGCUCGGAUGAAGACUCGGAAGAGGAUUUCCCUGGGGAUUACAGGGAGGGACAGGCUCGGAUGAGAAGAAAAGAGGCUCGGAAACGAAAGAGGAUGUUUGGGGAGUUUGGGAAUGGGGAGGAUGGGGAGGAGGAUGAUGGGAUGGGGAUGGGAGAGGAUGAGGAGGAGGAAGAGAGAGGGUGCUUGGACGGACUACCCAAGGGCCACAACCGGGCUAAGGGCUACCCGUGGCCUCUCGUUCCCAAGACAUGA